AUGGGAGUAGGGUUAGGAGUAGGCGGUGACGCCGGUUGGGCUUUGGCCAUUAUGUGGGUGUUGGUGGCUAUAGUCUUCAUCUUGUUGUUGCUUCGCCUCUACACUCGGAUCGUCUGCGUAGCAGCUUAUGGGAUUGAUGACCAUAUCUAUAUGGUGGCAUUUAUAUUCCUCCUCCUCUUCACGUCCUUCAUCCAUCAUGCCGCCUAUUAUGGCUUCGGACAGACGCCAGAGGCGAUCGAAGACCCUGAACAGAUUAUGAAGGCAACCUUGUUCGAAUGCAUUGGUCAGAGCAUAGCCAUUGUUGGGAUGCCUAUCGCCAAAGCCUCUCUUGGGGCGUUCCUUCUCCGUCUUGUCAACGUCCAAUGGCACAGGGCACUUGUCUGGGGCAUGAUGAUUCUGAUAUCCUUGGCCUCGAUCGCACAGGUCUUUUGUUUCUGGUUUGCCUGCGUUCCGUUCAAGUACACCUACGACCGUCGCAUUCCUGGAGGGUAUUGUCCCAUCGACACCAGGCCGACUUCCUAUAUCCUAUGUGCUUCGACCGUUGUCGUCGACCUGUUCUUUGCGCUGUUUCCUUGGAAGAUCAUAUGGAGUCUUCAAAUGCCGACACAAGAGAAGAUUACAAUCGGGUGCAGUAUGAGCCUGGGGUUAAUUGCCGCCGCCGCCGGUAUCAAGCGUUCCACCGAAGUUGAAGGACUCUACACCAAAGAGUAUCUGAGGGACACGGUCGGUCUUAUUGUAUGGUCUGCGGCAGAGAUGGGCGUUACGCUGAUCUGUAUUGGCAUUCCCGUCUGUCGCCCAUUGUAUAAGCGCCUCUAUCAGCGUUUCCGAUCGCAGAUAACCGGCUCAUCGGGAUAUCUAAAACAAACCGAACAGUCGAGGGACCAACCCGGCUAUGCUUUGCGUACCAUUGGCGGUGGUGUUCUGGAACCUCAAGGAAAGUCUCAGGUUAACAACCGAAAGUCGAUGAGUGUGAUUAAAAGCGACAACAAGGCCAGUGACAGGCAAAUGGAGGUCACAAUCGGCGUCAGCGAACGGUCCAGAACCACAGUAGUAGCUCAGGGGAGAUUUGAGGGCGAAUUCGAAUCGGAUGAGGACUCACUUGCAGAUUAUGGACGCAGCCACCUGGAAAGUAGUGCCGAUAGUACUAGAAGGGUCUUGGGUGAUGAAGAGAAGGGAACUUUGGAGAAUACUCACCAUAGCACGGACGGAAUCACCGUCACUCAGACCUAUACCGUCAAUAGAAAUUAG